AUGAUUUCGAUUGAAAGUAAUUAAAUAGGAAGUAACUCUGAUUAAUCAACAUUUAAAUAGAGAGACUAAAAAAUUAUGAUGAUUCUUAACUAAUUGACACUCUAAAAUAUCACAUUUCCUAAAAUUCUUAAUUUUUUGAAAUUCUCAGACACAAGAAAAAUUGUUCAUAUAAAAAAGAAUGAAUCAUUACUAAAACAACUAUUAAAAAUCUAAGAAUCUUAAUAACAACAGCCAAAUACAUUGGAAAUGACAGAAUAAGAAAUUAUUGUAAAGUAAUUAAAGCUUCUAUAAUUACAUAAUAUUAGUAUAGAUGAUGAAAUAUUCAAAUCUAAUUCAUUUUUCAAUUUUUACUAUAAAAUGUAUGAUGCUAGUAAAUUUAGCAAUUUCAAUCAUCAAAACAUAUUAGAUUAUAUUUAGAAUUUACUUUAAAAUACUCCUAAAAUAAAUUAUAUUACAGAAGAUUAUAGAUACUUUAUUUAUUUUAAAGCUUAAAUUAUAGCUAUUGGAAUGGCAAUUAGAAAUAGAAUUCCAUUAGUAUCUUUAUUACUUUGCACAAGAUUGUAUAUGAAUAAAAAAUAGCAAUUAUUUUGUUUAGAAUUUUCUAUAUUCAAAGAGAUAUUUAAAGAACUUUAUUCAAAAAGGCAACUUUCAAAUUUGAAUUAUCUUUUAAACAUAGAUUAAUUAAUAAAUAAUGAUAUAUUAAAGUUGACUGAAAUGUAAAGUUACAGUGAUAAAGUAUUUACAGAAUAUGAGGAUAUAUUGAAGGAGAAUAAUUUUACUUUGUUCUAACAGAAUUUAGAUCUAAUAUAUGAAAAGAAACAUUAUUUAAUAAAUCAAUUAAAAGAAAUCAUUCAUUCAUAAUAAUUUAAGCAAUUAUAUUCUGACUUGAAAAAAUUUCAUUUAUAAAUUGAAUAUGCUGACUAAUUUUAUUAGACAUUAAAUAAAAUAAUUUAAUUCUGUAAUGGUGCUGAAUAUCCAAUAAUGAAAUUUAAUUCAAUUGCUAUACCGUAAUUUAUCAAAAAAUACUUUUUCAAAAAUCAUGAAAGAAAAGAACUUAAUUCUUAAUAAUUAGUAGAAUCCUUGUUAACUAUAAAUAAAGUAUUAAGUGAAAUGAUAAAAUAUAAAUUUCCAUUUCCUCCAAUUAUAUCUUACUUAAAUCUUAAAGAUCCAAAUAGUUUAAAUAUUUUAAAUAUAACUAAAGAAUUUGUUAUAGAAUGUUAAGAAAAUCAAAUUUUUCUUUUAUUUUUAUCAUAAGUUCAUUAUAAUUUUUAAACAAUUAGCAAAUCUAAAAUAUAUUCACGAACGUUUUAUAAUUAGUAAUUAUAAAAAUAGGAUUUUGAUUAAUGGGAAAUAGUAAUAAAAAUGUUGGAAAUAAUUGAAGAAUAUCAAUCAUUAAUGAUAAAUGAUAUUGAAAUGAGAAUUAAUGAAGAUGAUACAAAAUCUAAUAUAUAAGCUUAUUUAAUAUAUCCUAAAGAGUAGAUUAUCAAUUAUUUAGGAUAAUAUGAAAAGAUUUCAAAAUUAUUAAAAAAUCUUUUAUCAUUAUAAAAUAAGGAAUUAAUAAAUGUAAAAUAUGAUAAUGAGAAUCUUAAAAAUUAACUAUAAGAGAAAAUAAAGAAAAUUAUAUCAUAAGUAGAAAGUGAAUCCUAUUUAAAAAGAAAACUUGGAAGACCUCCUGGAACUAAAAAUAUUUAAAUGAAAAAGAAGUUUAGAUUAGAUAAAUUAAAUGAAAUUGAUUCCAGUGAUUUCAAAAUUUAAAUUAAGAAUAAUAAUAAUUUUUCAACAUUAGAAUGUUAUAAUGAUGAAGAAGUUAUAAUUUAUAAAAAGAGAAAGAUGUAUUAAACAGAAUAAAUGUUAAUGUAAGAUAUUGAAAAAUUUUUGGUAUGA